AUGGUCUGUGUUGGAGUUUCUUCACCCGCGCCAUUUCACUGUGUGAAAGCAUUGCGAAGAGGCUUUUCACACCCGAAUCAGAACCAUCGAUGGAGCUUGGUGUUUGAGAAGCAAAAGUUGUGGCAUCAUCAAACCGCAGUUAACACUGACUGGCGGAGGAGCUAUGAGGUUGAGAGGUAUUUGGAGGAGGUGAAAGUAGCAGCAGCAAGAGGAGGAGGAGGCGGCAUUUGCAUAAUAAAGCUGAAUGCUUUGGUUCCAAGAGAGAUCAUAAACUAUGCUUGCUAUGCGGAUUUCAGGGAAGCGGCUGAGCUUCAGUGGAAGGCAAUGGUGGAGGACAUAAAGCACCAGCAAAAACAGAGGAAGGGUUUGGGCAACUUUAAAAACUGCUUGGCAAUGUGUCUCCUCACAGAUAUGCUUGGCAAUCACAGAAUAUCGGCUCUGAGUUUAGGACUUGUGAUGUCUGAAAUCAGUGAAGAGCCAUGGAAAGGAAUGGUGAUCACUUUCGGUGAUUCACCCUAUGAGCUGCUGCUGCUGCUGCAUUCAAUACAAGGCAGAGGCGGUCCAUGGGGUGUGCGAGGUGUGAAACCGCACAGGGCCCCCAAAAUUUAG